AUGGAGGUCAAACACGGAUGUUUUUCUGAAGGUGCAGAUUGGGCUGAACGGGAUGACCUGGACCUUUUUGCUGAGCAUGGAUGGGACUCCAAUGAGGCAGCAGGAGCUUGUGCGGCUGGGUCUCAGCAGGGUUUGGAAGACAGUGGCCAAGGUUCACAACUUGGCCAUGAAUUUUCACCUGCAGAGCUGGCAAGGAAGAGGCGGGCUGCUGACAUGGAGCUGGAAAAGGGCGCAGGCCCUGAUAAGAACCUUUUCUUCAACAUGUUGAAACUGCAGCGCACUGGGGUCCCACAGAUGCCUUGGACUAAAGGUUUGGUUGCAGAUGUUUUCAAGAAAGGGCCUUGCAAGCUGCCCAUGCCAUGGUUGUCAAUGCCGCUUGUGGGGAAACAGGAAAGCUUGCAAGGCCUUGUGCCAUCUUCGGAGCCCCCGGAGAGGAUGGCUACCAGGACACCGUUUCAUCAGAGGCAUUUGCUGUCGGUGAGGUUGGCCCAAACAGAUGACCAACUGCGUGCAAAAGCUUUGCGGAGGCUCAGGGAUUUGAUCCUGGCAGUGCCAUCGCAUACACAGCUGGGUAGGGCGCUUCUGGACACUGCUGGACAGCUGACAGGUGAGGACAUGAUUUCCUGUGUUUUUGCCGAUGCUUUUAGGAGUAGGGCUACUGCAACACUGGUUAAGCGAUCAUUGGACUACUACAAACUGGCUCUUUGGAUGCGUCAAUGCCUGGGUUUGCAACCGAUGCAGCUUACUGAAAGUGUUGUGUACCAGUACUUGAGUUUCUUGAGGGAGACAGGUGCCGCACCAACCUUAGCUGAUGCAACUGUCAAAGCAAUUUGGUUCAUGCAUUCGACUGCCACCAUUGCUGAUUUCAAUCCAAAGGUUUUCACAUCACGCAUCACUGGAGUUUGCAGGGACAUGUACUUGAGGAAAAGGAUUUUGAGGCAGGCGCCACCUUUUCCAGCAGACGUGGUCAGGGCCUUGGAAGUGUAUGCGUUACAGGCAGAGAGUAAGAUUGACUCCAUGUUUACAAAUUUCAUUUUGUUUUGCAUCUUCUCAAGUUGCCGCAUUGGAGAUGCUGCAAAGAUCAGGGAGGUUGAAUUCUCACGAUGCCAUGACAUCUUCCUGGUGGAAGCAGCGACCUCAGAAGCAAAGAACACGAACACCAUGGAGAGGCGUAGGAUGCUGCUGCCUUUCACAGCCAUUGGUUGGGGCCUUCAUCUGAAUCCAUGGUGUAUCAAAUGGGAAAUGCAGUUGAAAGCAUUGCAACCGGAGACAAUCAUGCCGGCUUAUUCAGAAGUUUCAGGGCAAUUUUUGAAGCGGCGCAUCACCACUGCAGAAGCCAAUUUUUGGCUUAGGGAGGUGCUGGUGCGUUCUGGCCUUGCUCCAGCACAAGCUGCAAAGUACAGCACACACAGCUGCAAGGCAACCAUUCCUACAUGGGCUGGUAAGUUUGGUGGUUUCUCCAUGGAUGAACGGCGCAUGUUGACGCACCACAUGGAUGCCAGUGCUGUGAUGCCUUUGUCGUAUUCAAGAAACAAUUUGACAGCUUUGCAUUCCAGAGUUUUCAGGAUGUUGACCGCCAUUCGCAAUUUUGAAUUUGACCCUGAUUCAUCAAAUGCUGCCCGCAUCUAUCAGGACAACAAGCACCUCCUGGACGAGCCGGCACAGCCCCCUCAGCAGCCAGGUGAUUGGGCAGAGUCAGAAUCAGAUGUUUCAGAUGAGGAGAGUUUUUCAGAAGGUUGCAGGUUUGUGGAUGCCCAGCCAGUGCCAGCCGAUUCAGUGACUGGACAGAAACUGCUGCACAAGGAUUCCUUGGUAGUCCAUGUGAAACGUGACAACCAGACCCUUUGGUGUGGCCGCAAGAUGUCUCCAAAUUACCGCAAUUGGCAAGAGGGCGACCCUGACUUCGCUCAGCUGGUGAUUUGCCAGCAGUGUGACAAAGCUCAGAUUGAACGAACUUCGGAGGACAAGCCGAGGACCAUGCCACUUGCAGAGCGCAUGGCGAGAAUAGAGCGCCAAAAAGGCGACUUGGUGGGCGUCACAUGGACGGCAGAGCUGGUGACCAUACAGAUGCAGCUGGGCCCAAAAAGCCCAAGCCUGGGCCAAGUGCACCGGCGUUUGGCGGCCUGCAUUCUGCAAAAACUGGAAGCAGGACCAACCUUUUUAAACCUCAAGCAGCUGCGCUUGGACAGUCUCCAAGCUCAAGGAAGACAGCAUCGGGCCCUUCAACAACUGGUGCCCGAUUUCGAAGCUUUUCUUUGGCGAUCUCCUUCGAUCCCACUGGCCAAAAACGAAAAGCCCCUGCCACCAAAAACAGCGGGGGAGGAACUCGAGGUGGCUGAUGAAGACCCUGCGCAUGAGGGUGCGGUCAAAGUAGGUGUUUGGAUGGAGCCAGAGGAGCCUGCAGCGAUAGCUAGAGAAAGGUUAGAAAUGCUGAAGCUCUACAGAGAUAGAGCGGCCAACUUGCAAGCAGCCGAAGCUGACCUGCACAAAAAGUUGCCAGCGCAUGUUCAGGGGGUUGUUAAGGGGAAACGCCUUUUGCUUUUUGAAGAACGUCUGAGAGCGAACUCCUUUUCUGACUUGCAGGUCAUGCACGACUUUUUGGAAGGUGUUGAUUUGGUAGGAGAAGAGCCGAUGUCGGCACUUUACAAAGAAAAGCUACAGCCAGCCACCAUGACUGUUGAGCAACUGAAUAUGUCAGCACCACUCCACAGAAAGCUUGUGAUAGGCCGACCCCUUGCAGACCAUGAAAAGGAACAUGCAGAUAGGUUAGUGGAGCUAUCCCAAGAGGAGGUGGAGGAAUCAUUCCUCCGUGGCCCUUUCUUUUCUGAAGACGAAGUUUCGGCGGAGCUGGGAACGCAAAACUGGACCCUGACCAAGCGCUUUUUGUUAGUUCAGGGCGAUGACGGGAAAGAACGCAUAAUUGAUGAUUACAGGAGAAGCCAUGUAAAUGCAGCCUUUGCUUCCCGGUCCUACUUGGAGUUGCAGGAUGUGGAUGUUUUGGCAGCCCUUAUAACCCUCUUAAUGCACUUGCUGAAAGGAGGCCACGAUGUUUCCCUCCCGCUUUCAGAUGGUACGGUCUUGAAGGGAAAGCUCUCCCGAGCAGCCAUGUCAGGGGAAGCCAUUCUAGGCAGGUGUUUUGAUUUGUCAAAGGCCUAUAAACAACUUGCAGUAAGCACGGCCAGCCUUCGGUAUUCCGUUUUGGGUGCACGGAACAGCAGUGGCAGGUGGUUCUACUACAUUGGGCAGUCCUUGCCUUUUGGUUCAACAGCAAGUGUUUACAGUUUCAACAAGAUGGCCCGGGCGCUUCAAUUCCUGCUCUGGGAAGACUUUGGGGUGGUAACCACCAACUUUUAUGACGAUUACCUAACACUGGAGUUUGCUGGUGCCGCGGAAAAUACCACGCAGGUGGUGUCAGGCUUCUUUCAAUUGCUUGGCUGGAGGCAUGCUGUAACGGGCAAGAAGGCCAAACCUUUUGCUUCGACCUUUGCGGCUCUGGGGGUGGAAUACGAUCUGGCCAACCUCCAUAGCUCUUUCUUUACAGUGGGCAACAAACCUGAACGCCUCCAGCGCAUUGGGCGCCUGAUUCAGCAAGUUGCCCAGGAGAAAGCAGUAACCAGUUCCACAGCAGCUUCCCUACAUGGGCUUCUGAAUUUUGCGUCUGGCUUUGCGCUGGGCAAAGCACUACAACCAGCGGCUCAAGGCUUUUCUUCUCUGGCAAUGGGUGCCAAUCUCCCUCCGCGAGUGCUAGCAGAUUUGUGGAACCUGAAAUUGGGUGGAGAUAUCAGCUUGCCGUCUGAGCUCUAUACCUCCAUCAUUGACGGAAUUGGGGUGCUGAAGCAGGAGUUCAAGGACAGGUUGAGGAUAGCUUCGAUGGCUGCUAUCAGCAAACCUGAUGGAUCAGUCAGGCCUCUUCAUGAUGGUACACACUCAGUGAAGGUCAACCACGAGAUCAGGUAUCAGGACAAGAUUCUGUGCCCUGGGCCACCUGAGAUUGCAGCUAUGGUUCGUGAAGCUUCGGAGUCAGGUGAAGCAUGCUUCUGCGUCAGUGCAGAUAUCAAGGCGGCUCACAGGUUGGUUAAGAUUCGCCGUUCUGACUGGGGCUACAUGUGUUGCCGUGCGGAUUCUUCAUCAGACGUGGUUUGGGUGAAUCAGGUUGGAACAUUUGGAAUUUCCAGUGCACCAUAUUGGUGGGCGAAGCUUGCUGCAUUGGUUGGAAGGUUCGUCGGGUACUUGUUCCAUAACAGGUGGUUGAUGCAGAUGAUUUACGUUGAUGAUUUGCAUGGGACGUUUGUUGGCCAGGAGAAGUUCAAGGCCCUAUGGAUUUGGGUGCUGGCAUAUGAAUUAGUUGGCACACCAUUUGGGUAUCAUAAGUUCAAGGGUGGAUUUUCUUCGGAGUUUGUCGGCUUCUGCAUGCGUUAUGACAUUGCGGAGGUGGGCAUCUCUUCAAAGAGGGGUGACUGGCUGGUUACUUGGAUCAGCAAACUGGCGGAACAAAAGUUUGUGGUGGCUUCAAGAGAUUUUGUGGAGUUCCUUGGGCGGCUGAGCUUCGUUGCACAGCUCCUCACCUGGCUGAAACCUCAUUUGGCUCCGUUGUUUGCAUGGUCAUCAGUGAUUGCCAGAAGCACAGUGGGCAGACUCCCUGAAACAAUUAUUGUGACGUUGAGGUACAUACUCUUGGAGCUGCAGGCAGAGACAUUCAUGGUUUCCACAAGGCGACCCAUUAAACAUGUGGGGGAUCAAUUUAGGACAGACGCAAAAUGCAGUGACGGGUUGGUCAUUCUUGCUGGCUGGGAGCUCAAGACCCGGAGAUGGUUCUCGUUGCGUGUUUAUCCUGGAGAUGCCCCUUACCUUUUCAAACACAAUGGUGAGUCCCAGUGUGCAUCCACCUCUGCGGAGUUGAUGGCUACGAUGUUGGCUCUGGCUGCGUUUGACUGGUUGCGUGAGAGCAAACACCGGAAGUCUCUUCAAGUGGCCUUCCAUGCUGGCACAGACAAUCGUGCAAAUGAGGCUUUGACUUUGAAAAGGGCAACAACUAAAUGGCCGUUGAUGGCCCUGAACAUGCAGAUGUCGUCCAUGUUGUCCAAAGCUCGUCUUGGCCUGAAUCUCCAAUGGAGGCCGAGGGAAGAGAACACUGAAGCAGAUGAUUUGACGAACGAGCGGUUCGAUGACUUUGACCCGAAGUUGAGAGUUGAAGUCUCCCUACAGAGCAUGGAUCUUUCCAUUUUGCAGGCACUGGUUUUGGUACAUGAGGAGUUUGAAGUUGCAAAGCAAUCAGCGAAGGUCGAGCGCGAGCGUGACCCGGCCUCCAAGAGUAAGAAGUUUGAUAAGUCCCCUUGGUGA